AAGCAAAGGAAAUUUUUUGGUACGAAGAGUUGAUAAAACCUGUACGAUAAACAACUUGAUUUGCGAUUGAGAAAACAUAAAUAGUUCACGAUGUUAUCAUGGUGUUAUUAUGACAAUUCAAGUGAAAUAUAAAUGCACGAUACCGGUUUGACAUCUCAUUCACAGUUCGUUAGGAGAUAUGGUCGCCACGCUAUCUUUGGGAUCCUCUGCACUUUUCCUGCUCGCGAUUUCGGCGAGUAGCGAAUCCGUGGUGGUCGAUGAGAAAUAUCUAAAGUUCCCACCGAACUUUCUCCUAGGCACAGCAUCGGCGUCAUACCAAAUAGAGGGAGCAUGGAACGUGAGUGAUAAAGGAGAAAGUACUUGGGACCAUUUCACUCAUCUUAAGGGUAAUCGUAUUUUCAAUGAUACAAAUGGAGAUGUUGCAGCUGACUUUUAUCACAAAUACAAAGAAGAUAUUGCCAUACUUAAAAACAUUGGGUUCAAAUCGUACCGAUUCUCUGUGAGCUGGCCGCGAAUUCUCCCGACCGGAUUCGCGAAUCAAGUCAGUAAAGAUGGUGUCCAAUAUUACCAUAACUUAAUCGAUGAACUAUUGAAGAAUGGUAUUGAACCUUUGAUGACUCUUUAUCAUUGGGACCACCCGCAAAUCAUGGAAGAGGCUGGUGGUUGGAUGAACGAAGAAAUGGUUGACUGGUUUGCUGACUACGCGAGAGUCAUUUACCGCGAGUUCGGCUCGAAGGUGAAGAAGUUCAUCCCGAUAAACGAGCCUCUAUCGUUUUGCAAAAAUGGUUACUCUCACGGCAAGGAGGCACCUGGCAAGACUCUGCAUGGUAUUGCCGAGUAUUUGUGUAUACAUAAUGUGGUCAAGGCUCAUGCAAGAGCGUACAGAAUCUACGAGGCCGAGUUUAAACAGACUCAGAAGGGCCAAGUUGGUUUUCUGAUCAACUACUGGGGCUACAUGCCUAAAACGCCUGCGGACCAAACCGCUGCGGACAUUUGGUUUGAAUUCAAUGUUGGGUGGACUAUGCAUCCGAUUUACUCCAAGGAGGGUGAUUAUCCGGCUGUGAUGAAGAGUAUGAUAGCUAAGAAGAGCAAGGAACAAGGAUAUCUCAGGUCCCGUUUGCCUACAUUUACUCCUGAUGAGAUAGAAUACAUAAGAGGAACCUCGGAUUUCUUGGCUGUAAAUCACUAUUCCUCGGGAUUGGUUACACUUGGUAAUACAGGAGAAGUGCCGUCCCAUGAAAACGAUAUGGGAGUGAUAGAGAUGAUUGACAAGUCCUGGAAAGCAUCAGCUGUCGACUGGUUGUUCGUUGUGCCUGAAGGAUUCCGAUACAUUCUACGUCAACUUGCACAACAUUAUGGUAACCCACCGAUGUAUAUAACUGAAAACGGCUAUGCCGAUUACGGAUCGGUCAACGACGACGAUAGAAUUGAAUACUUCCGCGAAUACUUGAAGCAGAUGCACCUCGCUAUUUACGAAGAUGGCGUCAACGUACGAGGAUAUAUUUUGUGGACUCUGACGGACACCUUCGAAUGGACUUACGGAUACAAUGCCCGCUUUGGUAUCGUGUCCGUUGACUUCAACGAUCCAGAGAGACCCCGAACCUUGAGGAAGUCUGCUUCCUGGUGGAAAAAGGUUAUUGCUGAUGGUAAAAUUGAUCAGUAAUGAGGAAUAUCAUGGACACCAUAAAUAACUAAUUAAAUAUUGCCGAUUGUAAGAUAAAUCACAGUCCAUUUUUUAUGCACAUAUGUGCACUUUUGUUUUUGGUGAAUGCAUUAGAAAAUAAAAUAAUUAAUUAUCCAUUUA